GGAGUAUUUUUUACCCUGUUACGCUUGUUUAUUGCCAAAGGGGAAACCCCUAGUAAUUCUCCAACGGGAGGGUUGGUCUAGGCUGAGCCAGCUGAAAAUAAAGAAAUGGCCUCUGGUGGACGAGAAGAUGCUAAAGUAGCUUACAAGGUGUUCUCCUGUAACAUUAGUCGUAUCAAGGAGACAGCAAAUGUGGACUUGACUAGACUAGCAGAUAAACUAAAGGCAAAGAAGAUAAUCUCUCAAGGAGACAGAGACAAAGCUGUUGAUGGCUACACUAAACAAACGGAAGCUCAAAGAAGAGGAGAACUUAUUGACAGGGUACAAGAAAACCUUAAAUGUGACAUUGGAGAAGCAUUUGAGAUAUUCUUGGGAAUACUGCGCGAAGAAGAUACACGACAACUUAGCAAACUAGUGGCUGAUUUAGAAAGAGGCUAUGAUGAAAUAGUAGGAGGUCCAGGUGGUGAAAUAAAGGUGAAGGAAACGGCAAAAACUGACUCAAAAGUUAGCUCAAAAGCAAAACCUCAGAACAACGAACUAACCAUACGUGACUUAGGAGAAGUCAUAUCUGCAUUGCAGAAGCAUCAUUUUACAACUACAAAAUGGGGAACAUUGUGCCUUCAUCUAGGAAUACUCUAUGACAAGCUUAAAAAUAUAGAAGAUAACCACCCUAAAAAAGUAGAACAGCAAUUCCAAGAGGGGAUCAGCCAGUGGUUGCGACUCCAGUAUGAAUACGAGAAAUAUGGCAAGCCAACAUGGCGGAUACUGGUUAACACUUUGGAAAAGAUUAAUGAAAGAGCAGUUGCUGAAGGAAUAAGGAAAGACAAGCUUAGUUGACUUCAUUAUUUUGUAAUUUACAGUUUUUAUCUUAAGUAUGAAACGAUGACAACUUUACAUUACACUACAUUUCAAAAAAUAUUUCUUAUAAAUAAUAAUAAUAAUAAUAAUCAUUUGCAUUAUUACUAUAGUCAUACACAAUAAA